GUUGCCGCGUUGCUGGUUGUUGGUUGCUGGUUGCCACAACAACUGUUGGCCAUAACAAGCGUAGAACUUUUAGCUGAAAAUUUAUUGUUGAAAUUCAGAAUUUAUUGAAGAUUAUACUAGCAAACGAACCGUAUCCACAAUGCAAUUGAAAUAUUUGCGCACAUUGCUCGAGGGUCAGGAGCAAAUUCAACGAAUCGCAGGACUUGCCUGGUCCCCUAAUCAGCAGAAAUUGGCAAUUGCCACCGCAGAUCGUCACAUUCUACUCUACGAUGAUGCAGGGGAGCGCAGGGAUAAGUUUAGCACGAAGCCAGCGAAUGCAGCGAAUGGCAAGAACUCCUAUGUCAUCAGAGGAUUAGCUUUUAGUCCAGAUUCGACCAAGUUGGCUGUGGGGCAGAGCGACAGCAUUGUCUAUGUGUACAAGCUGGGCGAGUCGUGGAACGACAAGAAGGUCAUUUGCAACAAGUUUCCCCAAGCUGGAGCAGUUACUGCUCUAAUCUGGCUCACCUCAGGCGCCAUCAUCGCAGGUCUUGAGGAUGGCAAGAUUCGUGCCCUGCACUGCAAGAGCAACAAGUCGCAAAGUCUUUAUGGCGGCGACAGCAUCUGUAUCUCCCUAGCCUCGAAUACCAAAGGAACUGGCUUCCUUAGUGGACACAACGAUGGCAACAUUAUUCGCUAUUACCUCACGGAGGAGGCCAGCGAACCAUUGGGUCGUAUUGUUCAGCAUCCUGUGCCGCCCUUUGCUCUCGCCUGGCCUCAGGGUGGAUUUUGCGCAGGAGGUUGUGAUCAGCGCAUCAUCUUUUACGACAGCGUGGGUCGCCAGCAGCGCACCUUCGAUUUUUCCCGCACGGAAGGAGAACGGGAGUUCACUGUGGCCGCCUGCAGUCCCAAUGGUCAGGCUGUGGCCUUCGGCAGCUACGAUCGAAUAAGGAUAUUUGCCUGGAGUCCGCGUCAAAGUGCUUGGAGCGAAAGUGCCAGCAAGGAGAUUAGCUGUCUAUAUACUUUAAGUGCGUUGAUCUGGCGAAGGGAUGGAGCACGCCUGGCUCUAGGAUCUGUUAGUGGAGCGGUGUUGCUCUUCGAGUCUGUACUGAAGCGAACCAUCUGGCAGGACAAGUUCGAGUUGAUCUUUGUGGCACCAAGUCAGUUGCUGGUGCGUUCGUUGGCAGAGCCAACGCAGCAAUUAACCAUCGAAUCACAGCUGGGACUAGAGAUUGAUGAUGUGCGCAUCAUGGGCAAGGAUAACUACUUAGUAGGACGUACUGAGGAGUCGCUUAUACUCUGCGAUCUUACGCGGAAUCUUGCCAGCGAAGUCCCGUGGACAGCAUCAGGACGACAUGAGCGUUUCUACUUCGAAAACCCGCAUGUCUGUCUUGUCUUCAAUGUGGGAGAAUUGAGCCUCGUGGAAUAUGGUGACAAUCGUAUACUCGGCUCGGUGCGCACCGAAUUUGUUAAUCCUCACGUCAUCUCCGUUCGUUUAAAUGAGCGUGGCAAUGCGCGAGAGAACAAGAAGCUCGCUUUUCUGCUGGAUGCCAAGACCAUUUGUGUUGUGGAUCUGGUCAGUCAACAGGUCAGCGGACAAAUUAAUCACGAGACCAAGAUUGAUUGGCUGGAGCUCAGUGAGACGGCGCACAAGCUGCUCUUCCGGGAUAAGAAAUUACGACUCAUUCUUGUUGACAACUAUAAUGGCAAGAAGCAGACGCUACUCAGCAACAUCUCUUUUGUUCAGUGGGUGCCACAGAGCGAUGUCGUCGUGGCCCAAAGCAACACCAAUCUCGCUAUCUGGUAUAACAUCGAUCUACCCGAACACGUGACACUGCAAACCAUGAGGGGAGAAGCUAUCGAGGUGCUCCGAGAAAACGGACACACUGUGGUGCGCUCCCAGGACGGACCCAGUGAGCAUAGCUAUCAGCUGGACGAGGGUCUCGUUGAAUUCGGUACUGCAGUCAAUGACAACGACUUUGGACGUGCCGUGCACUUUUUGGAGUCGCUGGGCGACAAGCCAGCUGCCAAGGCUAUGUGGCACAAUUUGGCCAUUAUUUCACUAGAGGAGGGUAAUCUGCGAGUUGCCCAACGUUGCUAUGCUGCUCUGGCAAACGUGUCGAAGGCUUACUAUCUGGCCGAGAUGAUUGAGCAGGCGGAUAAUUUUGAGCAAGCCACUGGCAGUCCGGGCAUUCAUUGUCCCGAGGUGCGUGCCAAGUUGGCGCUGCUCAGCUCCGAUCUUAGAGCAGCUGAAAGGAUCUAUCUCGAGCAAGGUGACAUAGAGGCGGCGCUGGCAAUGUAUCAACAACUGCGUAUGUGGGAUGAAGCUGUCGCCCUGGCCGAGAGAAGAGGAUAUGCUCGUCUUGCAGAGCUACGACAGCAACACAUGGACUUUCUGCUCGAGACCGAUCAGCAGGAGAAGGCGGGCCAAGUGCUUGAGGAUGAGGGGGAAUUACAGCAGGCAAUGGCGCUUUUCCUCAAGGCUAACAAACCUGCUCGCGCGGCACGUCUGGCUCUCAAGACGCCUCAUCUGCUGCAGGACGAGCAACUGAUGCUGCAGGUAACCGAGGGAUUAGUGCACUGUGAGCUUUACGAGCUCGCCGGUGACAUUGCUCAUCGUCUGUCCCGCCCGGAAGCAGCAUUAGCGCUGUAUCGCAAGGGAGGAGCUUACGCCAGAGCCUUAGAACUGGCACGUGUGGUGUCGCCUCAGGAAGUGACUGCCUUGGAGGAGCAGUGGGGCGACUGGUUGGUCAGUCGCAAGCAGCUGGAUGCCUCCAUCAAUCACUAUAUUGAGGCGGGUGCUACGCAAAAAGCGCUUGAGGCAGCUGUGGGUGCAAAGCAGUGGCGCAAGGCGGUGCAAAUAGCUAAAGUUCUGGACGAACCUGAGCUCAUUCAACGCUACGCUUUGGAUCUGUCCAAGCACUUAGCAUUUGCAGGGGAUUUGGAUGGCGCCGAGGAUUUAUUGGUGCGUGCUAAUCUGUACAAAGAUGCCAUCGAGCUGCUCAAUCGCCAUGGCAAAUGGGAGCGUGCCUACGUGCUUGGCGAAAAAUACCUUAAGGCGGAGCAACUGAGAGAGCUUUUUGUGCAACUCGGCAGCAGCCUCGAGGAGCAGGGCAAAUACCGAGAUGCCGAGAAGGUGCUGAUUGCUGUCAACGAACCCGAUCUGGCCAUAGCCAUGUAUAAACGCAGGGAGCUUUACGACUCCAUGAUACGUCUGGUGGAGCGUUACCACAAAGAUCUACUGGACAGCACCCAUCUCCACCUGGCACGUCAGCUGGAGUCGCGUGGCAAAUUCAAGAAUGCCGAGCUGCACUUUAUCGCAUCCGGGGACUGGAAGUCCGCCGUGCAUAUGUAUUGUUCGUCGUCCCGUUGGGAGGAUGGCUAUCGUGUGGCCAAGCAGAAGGGUACCGAGGGUGCUAGCCAGCAGGUGGCCUACAUGUGGGCCAAGUCCAUGCCACUCGAGAGCGCUGUGCGUCUGCUUAGUAAACUGGGACUGCUAGACACUGCUGUGGGCUUUGCCUGUGAUUCGGGACAGUUUGAAUUCGCCAUGGAGCUGUGUCGGUUUGCUGGUAAACCCACUGAUGAGGUGCAUCUGAAGAUUGCCAUGUCUCUGGAAGAUGAGGGCAAGUUCGAAGAAGCCGAGGCAGAGUUCCUGAAAGCUCACAAGCCCAAGGAAGCCAUACUCAUGUAUCAGCAUGCGGGUGAUUGGACGGCAGCUCUCAAUGUGGCCGAGCAGCAUUUGCCAGAUGCCAUAAACGAUGUGCUGAUUGGUCAGGCAUCCGCUGCUCUGGAGACACGCAACUAUCAGGACUACGAGAUGCUCCUUUUGCGCGCCCAGCGUCCCGAUCUCAUCAUUGAUUACUACAAGCAGGAAUCCCUGUAUGAGGAUGCACUUCGUAUUGCCGAAGAGCAUUAUCCCUCGGCCAUGAAUGAUCUGCGUCGCUUGCACGCCCAGCAGCAGCGUGGUCAGCAGCAGGGAGAGGACGUCACCUCUGAUUCCCGCGCAUAUUUGCAACGUGCUGCGGAGUUUGCCAAGCGCGAACAGUUCCGCAAGGCAGCCGAGUGUCUAAUGCAAAUCGAUGCCUCCAAUGCCGAUGAUGCCGGUACUUUAGAACGUGCUCUACUUCGUGCCGCCGAGAUAGUCAAUCAGUUCCUGGAGGGUAAGGAUGCACAGGACUUGGCUCAAACCCUGGGACCACGCCUGUUGGCCAUUAAGCAAAUUGGACCAGCAGCGCAGCUCUAUCUGGCUGCUGAUAUGCCGAAGCAGGCGGUGGAUGUAUUUAUCCGUGCGGAACAAUGGUCGAAGGCACGUCGCCUGGCCAAGGAGAUUGAUGCCGAGCUGCUGGCCUACGUAGAGCAACAACAGAAAUCCCGAUUAAAGCAUGAAGGCAAUGUGGAGCAACUGGCGGACAUUGACAUCAUUAGCGCUUUGGAUCUGCUGGCUGAGCAGGGACAAUGGCAGCGGUGCCUCGAUAAGGCAAAGCAGCUGAAUCCCUCAGUGCUGCAGAAGUACGUGGCUGCUUAUGCCGCGCAGUUGAUACGCGAAAGCGACUGCAUCAACGCCCUUGGACUUUAUCUCAGCUAUGGGGCACCGCCCAUCGAGGAGCACUUUAAUCUUUACUCGCGCAUCGCCUUGGACUGUCUGUCGCUGCGCGAGGAACAAUCGGAGGGCGGCAGCUUAUGGCAGCGAUUGCGUGACUUUCUGUACCGCAUGAUUAUCGGAGUACGCGGCUCGGAGCAUGCUCAGUCUGCCUUUGCCGGCAAGGCGGAGCAGUAUCUGACCAUUGCCCACUAUUACGCCACCCGAGCUGCCUGUCGCCCAGUUCCCUCCCUUCAACCGGUGGCAGUACGUCUCUCCCUGGCGUUGCUGCGACACACGGAUGUGCUACCCGUGGACAAAGGCUUCUACGAGGCGGGUAUGGAGCUGCGUCAAGCUGGACGCGAAGCCGAGGCAUUUGUCAUGCUCAAUCACUACCUAGAUGUGUGCGAGGCCAUUGAGGAGGGUUCUGGUAAUCUAGUGGAUCACUCGGAUCUGGCGGCCACCGAUUUCCCCAGCUCUGUACCACUCCCCGAGGAUAUACACCUGAAGAACGAGCCUAAUUUGCAUGAGGAGGUGCGUGAAUGGGUUUUGGCUGUCAGCAUGGAUCAGCAGGUCGAUCAGUUGCUGCCCAACGAUGAUCGUGGUCUCUAUGAAUCGAGUCUGGGUGCAAAUGAUAUGCCCUGUCUCCUCAGUGGUUAUCCUGUGCGUGGACGCCAGCCUGUGACCUUUCAGUCGUCCAACAGUCAGGUCAAUCGCGAUGUCUGGAGUAAGUUUGCGGUGGCCGUGAAAAUGGCGCCUGGCAGCGGUGUCACCGACAUCAUUGCCUUUGUUGAGAAGUGGCAGGGCACCGCCAACUAUGUGAUGCACUAGAGAGGAAUGAACAAUACUCCAUAAAAUCCUUUAAGAUCUAUCUGAAAUCUGAAUAACUAAAGAUAUUAAAGAAGAUCCGAAAUGAGGCAAUGUCGACAUGCGAUAAAAGAAUAAAUCUAUGCAAUUGCUUUCUAGAAAAAAGAUUAAGACGAAAGAAUCUGAGGAAACCCUGAAUGAAUCUCAAUGGAAAAAUCCAUUGAGAAAUAUU